UUGGUUUGGCAACUAUAGUUUAUUUAAUGAAUUUAUCUAUAUAUUGUGCUACUAACAAAAAACUAUUUGAGUUAGUUUUUGGUUUUGAACCUUAUAGUAAUUGUGUUCUUCUUGACCAGAUUUGGUCUCAAGAAAUUAGAAAUGAGGAAAAUAUUCCUAAUAAUGUUCAAAUUGAAGAGUAUUAUGAUAUUUAG